UAAAUAGAUGUCUGCAUUGGCAUUUCCCAAGUCGUCGUCGUCGUCGUCUUCUUUUUUCUGUCCCACUAAGCAAAACCCAUGACCCAAACCCAAACCCGCAAGAUCUCACCUUCUCACUACUUACUUCCCUUCACAUUAACUCACUCUCCCCACAUCUUCAUAUCCAAUACCUAAAAGGUCUCAUCUUUCUUCCUUCUGCUGCUUCACAUUUUUCUUUCUUUUAGCACCAUGGAUCCUCUCAUCUAUGGUGUCUCCUUUACUCUCUGCUUUUUCCUCCUCUUCUCUGCAUUGCCUCAAUACCCAUCUUCUAAGCUCCCUUCUUCUUCUUCUUCUUCUUCUUCUUCUUCUUCUUCUUCUAGCAAUAACAAUAAUAAUAAUACUGGUAUUAACUCCAAUUCUGUUCUUGUGGCGCUUCUUGACUCGCAUUAUACUGAGUUGGCUGAACUCGUUGAAAAGGCUCUUCUUCUUCAGACCCUUGAGGAAGCUGUCGGCAACCACAAUAUCACCAUUUUUGCGCCCAGAAAUGAAGCCUUGGAGCGCCAACUUGACCCUGAGUUUAAGCGUUUCUUGCUCGAACCUGGUAAUAUCAAGUCUCUCCAGACCCUCUUGAUGUUCCAUGUAAUUCCUAAACGGGUCGGAUCCAAUGACUGGCCCACUGAAAAAUCUAAGCCUUCUAGGCAUACCACUUUGUGCAAUGAUCAUCUUCACUUAAUCAGCAAGACUUCUGGUAAGAAACUCGUUGACUCCGCCGAGAUUAUCCGAGCCGACGACGUUAUCCGCCCCGACGGUGUUAUCCACGGGAUCGAGCGCCUUCUUAUCCCGCAAUCUGUACAAGAAGACUUCAACCGGAGGAGGAAUCUCAGAUCCAUAUCCGCAGUGCUACCAGAGGGUGCGCCGGAGGUAGAUCCCAGAACCCACCGUUUGAAGAAACCAGCAGCACCUGUGCCGGCUGGGGCACCGCCAGUGCUACCCAUUUACGAUGCCAUGGCUCCAGGUCCUUCUCUGGCUCCGGCGCCGGCUCCAGGCCCCGGCGGACCUCACCAUCACUUUGACGGUGAAAGCCAGGUCAAGGACUUCAUCCAGACGCUAUUACAUUACGGUGGGUACAAUGAACUGGCGGAUAUCUUAGUGAACUUAACCUCAUUGGCCACCGAAAUGGGGCGGCUUGUUUCAGAAGGGUACGUUCUCACCGUCUUGGCACCAAACGACGAAGCCAUGGCCAAGCUAACGACGGACCAGCUAAGCGAACCGGGUGCGCCGGAGCAGAUCAUUUAUUACCAUAUUAUACCGGAGUACCAGACGGAAGAGAGCAUGUACAAUGCAGUAAGGAGAUUUGGGAAAAUAAAAUACGAUACGCUGCGUUUGCCUCACAAGGUAGUGGCUCAGGAGGCUGAUGGGUCGGUGAAGUUUGGAUCGGGUGAUACUUCGGCGUAUUUGUUCGAUCCAGACAUUUAUACCGACGGCAGGAUUUCAGUGCAGGGAAUUGAUGGGGUUUUGUUUCCGGAGGAGGAGAAAGAGACCGUUAAAAAACCGACAGCCGCCGUCAAGGUUGUCACCAAAUCCAGGAGAGGGAAGCUAAUGGAAGUAGCUUGUAGAAUGCUUGGAGCUUUUGGACAAGAUUCACAUUUCAGUACAUGUCAAUGAACUUGCACAGCUAAAAAUAAUAGUAAAUAUGGAACCAUGAAAGCAAUAGAGAAAUGGAAGACUUUGAGUAAUAAAAUCACAAACAAAAGGGGUUGAUGCAUCGCCUGGUGUAUGAUUUCCUCACAACCCACAUAAGAUUAGAGAGAGGUUGUUAUUAUUUUGUUGUAAAUUACUGCAAUUACAAAUCAAUUUUUAAUUAAAUUUUUUUUUUUUAAUGUGUGAUUCACUGUAUGCAUAAACAAUCUGGGAAUAUCUUUUGAUAAUAUUAGCUAUUUUAAUAAUUGUAAACA